UCUGUGCCACUAAGUAAUUUCUAGUACCAGCUGUGUACUGGCCCUCCUCCAGUCCCACCACUGACAUAUCAGAGAGGAUCAGCUGCAUCCAGCUCAGAUCAGGGGAGACACUGACAGGUACAAGAUGAGGCUGCUCCCGGUUGUUGUUACCGGCUUAUUAACGGUGGCGUUCGCCUAUUAUGUUUACAUCCCGCUGCCUGAUGCCAUCCAGGAGCCGUGGAAGUUGAUGAUGAUGGAUGCUGGAUUCCGUGCAACCAUGCACCUGGCUUCUUUGAAGGCCUGGCUGGGCUUUGACCAUUACAUCACGUCAAUCAGGCAGUCCAUGGAUGGCUUUGAUGGCAUGGUGAAGAGGUCUGAGUCCGGUGCGGGGGUCAUGCCCGGAGUGAAAGUCAGCGACAUCACUUUCGCCGGCAUCCCGGUUCGCGUUUACGAGCCCCCGGCUGGAGGAGAGGGCCAUCUGAGGAGAGGGUUGAUGUUUUUGCACGGGGGAGGAUGGGCCCUUGGUAGUGCCAAGAAGGGAUCGUAUGAUGCGAUCAACCGGAUGUUGUCCGACGAACUCAACACUGUCGUGGUCGCGGUUGAGUAUCGUCUGUAUCCAGAGGUGCACUUCCCGGUGCCGUAUUUAGACUGCCUUGCUGCUGCCAAGCACUUCUUGUCCCCAGAGGUUCUGGCCAGGUAUGCAGUCGACCCGGAGCGUGUGGCUGUGGCAGGUGACAGUGCUGGAGGGAACCUGGCUGCUGCAGUCUCUCAGGAGAUUUCAACAGAUGACACUAUGAGUGUGAAAUUCAGCGUCCAGGCGUUGAUCUACCCCGUGCUCCAAGCUCUGGAUUUCAACACCCCCUCCUACUUGCAGAACCAAUACAUACCCAUCCUCUAUCGGACCCUAAUGGUCCGCUUCUGGCUGCAGUACCUCGGCGCUGACCUCAACUUGGAGUCCCAGUUUAUGGCAAACAAUCACAGCUCCUUGCACCACUCAAAAAUCACCCCAGAGCUGAGGGCGCGACUAGACUGGACCGUCCUCCUGUCCCCAAAACACAAGAAGAGCUACAAGCCUGUGAUUGUGGAAAAGGGUUCAGAGGGGGUACUGAAGGCGGUGCCGGGGCUGCUGGAUGUGAGGGCAGCACCGUUGUUAGCAGGACCAGAGGUUUUGGCUAAAUGCCCUCGGGCAUACAUCCUAACUUGCGAGAAUGACGUGUUGAGGGAUGACGGCCUCAUGUACGCGCGCCGUUUGCAGGACGCAGGCGUCACGGUCACCAGCGACCACUACGAGGACGGCUUCCACGGAUGUCUCAGCUUUAUAGCUUGGCCGUUUGAAUUCGAUGUGGGGAAGAGGGCGGUCAGGGGUUACUUCGACUGGCUCAAGAACAACUUGUAAGAGUGUGUGUGUGUGUGCGAGUGAGUGAAAGUGUCUUUAUGGAUGCAUGUAUGUGUGUGUGUGUGUGUGUUUCACUGAUACAAAUGCACUAUCUGUUGCUUUUUGACUCACAGACUCGCUAAGGGCUUGUACAUCUGCUCUUUGUAUAACAAUAUAAGCUCAGGGCCCUUGUGUACCUGCAGAUACACACACACACCACCGUGGUACAUAUGAAGUUUACACGUUAUUUAGAAGAUUCUUUGAGGUUUGCGGUGGGGAAAAAAAAUGUGACCAGUGAACAAAAACAAACUGAAUAGACGCAUAAAAAUACUUCAACAUCACAGCCACAAGCUUUACUAAUGGGGAAAUAAAUCAGCUGCUUCCACUGGGGAGGAACCGCAUCAAGUGCACUGAUUCUUAUUCACGUCACAAACACACAAGCAGCAUGUCAACAGUGUUUUAUACUUUUAAACUUCUUUUUUUUAAAUUGCUGCACUUUUUCUUUUCAGUGAGCCGGCAAGUUACAUUUCAGCCUCCACACUUCACAAAUCAUUGCACUGCCGCUGUUGAAAGAAAUGAAUCACGGUUUGAUGCAAUCCAGGCCGUUUCAACAGUGUUUCAGUGAUUUUAGCCAGGCUUUGCUGGUCUCUAUAGGGAUCACUCUGGUUGGUCGGCCCACCACACAAAAAUAUCCUCAACGGCUAUUCGCAUUAUUCACGCGGUGGUCUUUUUGCAAGUCAUAUAAACGUUGGGAAUAAUUUCACCACUUCAAUGUACUGUGAAAUUCAGGAGUGUGUCCAAGGUGUGUGUCGAUAUUUCCAGUGGUUAAAGGUUAGCGGGUGUCUUACGGGCAGCUCAAAUGUGUUGUUUUACUUUGAAAUAUGACCUAAGGUCCCUCCAGGAUUUUCACUAUCCAUUGUCUUUUCAGUUGCAGAUCAAUCAGCAGGUGGUGAAAUUAUAACAAUUUGUCAGAUUGCAACAUUUGAGCUUCCCGCCCCCUAACUGCCAUGACAUUGUGUACAGGCAGUCAUGUUGCGCGGAGAAUAAAUCCCAAAGGUUUCGGUUGUUUUGACGUUUUCUCUGGCACCACCUUGAGCGAAAUAUCUGGAACACCAAUCGGAUGGAUGCACAUGUUCACGGCCCUCUCAGAAUGAUCUGUAAUAAAUGUCGUUUUUCAUCCAGUGCCAUAAACAGUGUUGUCAUUCUGAGCAUGUCAGCAUGCUGUCGUAAAUGUUAAAUGUUAAAACAUCCUUUUAUUUUUAUUUUUUGUAUUUUUCUUCCUCACAGAUGAUGUUGACACGUGACAGUCAUUAACAGAAUGAACUCUUUCCCCUUAGUUUCAUUCCAUUUGUGCUUACAGGGCCUGUAAAUGUUUUGUGAUUUAAAUGAUACUUAUAGAACAUUAAUGAAUCAUGGAAGUUACAUGUUGUAUUCAGCUGUCAAACUCUAAGCCUGUCCUUGGUCAGCACCGGUUAUAGAGUUGCCUAUUUCAAUUUUCAGAUGUCAGACGUCUCAAAUGAUUGCAACACUUUCAUGUAUGUAUCUAAACUGAGAAUCUGCGUAGAGCUUUGGAAGAAAUUUCAUUUUACUACUAAUUUGUUUUUAUAUUAAGAAUUUCAUGUGGGAUUCAAAGUCAUUCAGUGUCUCUGCUUUGCACACUGUUGUAAUAUAUGAAGGAACUGAUGAAGGGUGUCAAUAAAAAGAAACAUAAAGUCGUC